AUGGCUGAGACAUCGCUUGGCUUCUAUGUUGCCCUCCAAAGCACUGGGAUAAUCGAAAUUGCUUUUGACCCUAGCAAAAGUGCAAAUGAGUCUUUGUCUAUUAUUGCUGUCAACACAGAUGCCGGUUUCAUGCCAGGAUGGCUCACUGCGUCUGGGGACAGAGUCUACAGCAUCAGCCGCACUAGCUAUCCGAAUAGCGAGUCCAAUUCGGGUGGCGUGUUCGCAUUCCGAAGGGCGCCCUCUAUGACUUCAGCUAGCACUGGGAAAGGGCUUGUCCUUUUCGACCAAGCAAGCAGCAAUGGGAAGGGAGGUGUGCAUUGCGAGGUCAGCCCAGACGGCACGAUGCUUGCGGCUGCCAACAUCACGGCGUCGACAGUGUCUAUCUACCCAAUAUCUGAGGAUGGCUCCGUGGGCACGCCCACAUUUGUCUUUGACUACAAUCAGUCUGAUCCUGGGCCGUUGGAGGCACACCCGCACCAAGCAACAUUUGACCCCUCCGGACAGUUCUUGAUCAUUCCUCUUCGGACCAUGGACCGCGUGGAUAUCUACUAUGCCCCGAGUCCACAGCAGGUAGAGAGAGUGCAUUGCAUUGAUAUACCAGCACCAGCCGGUGCUCGGCAUGUGGCAUUCAAUCAAAUCAGUCCAUCCAAGGCAUACAUGUACCUCAUCAGCGAGAAAGACAACUCAGUUCGUGUCUUCAUCCUGAACUACAACGCUAGAGGGCCACAAAGUCUCACAGUUGAGUUCAAGCAGUGCCUUUCGACAUUGGGCAAAGAUCUCGCUCCCAGCCCCGCCAGGCAUGAAGAUUUGGCUGCGGAGAUUGCUGUCAGUAAUGACGGGAGAUUUGUCUAUGCGUCUAAUAGAAACUUAACCCGCACAGACGAUGACGCCUUUACGAUUUAUUCGGUUGAUCCCGAUACUGCAAAUGAAGAACGUCAUCUGAGAUACCUUGAAUCUCAACCGACAAGGGGUAAGCAUCCCCGAAUGUUUGCACUCUCCAACGACAAAGAAAACAAGUGGGUAGCUAUUGCUCAUCAGUUCAGUCAAGACAUUGUCGUUUUCGAGAGGAACACGACGACUGGCUUGCUGGGGGAAGUCAGAGGUCGAAUCAGUGUGAAGGUGGCUGCUCCUCACCAAAACACCGCAGACAAGGUCAUCUUUGUGGAAGGAGAAGAAGGCCAACGCAGCCGUGAAGAGUUCAAGAAAGGUCGUACCGAAGGACCUAUGUGUCUCUUGUGGAAAUAA